CCAACCGGGACACAGAGCAGAGGUUGCAGUCAAAACACUGAGGAAAGACAACGCUGAAGGAGAAACACUGUUGAACUUCAGCUGAGACGCUUUUCAAGCUUUCUUAUCUACCAUAGCCCUUGUCACAUACAAGGCUAUCUGUAUUUUUUUCAUAGCUGUAGUCUACAGUAGCACUCAUCAUGAGAUACUGUGCUUUCGCUGCAUGCUUAAUUUUUGGGAUAGGCACGCAGGUUGGAUGGAGCCUCCCCAUCAAGCCUGUCUUUGUCUCCUUCCCAGGAGACCUCGUCAAAAACGUGACUGAUACUGAGCUGGCAGAAAAAUAUCUGAAGAAAUUUGGCUACCUGGAAACACUGCAGCGCAGUGGCUUCCAGUCAUUGGUGUCUACCACAAAGGCUUUGAAAAGGAUGCAGAGGCAGAUGGGACUGGAGGAGACCGGAGAGCUGGAUAAAGCCACCCUAGAGGCCAUGAAGCAUCCUCGCUGUGGGGUUCCUGAUGUGGCCAACUACAAAACCUUUGAUGGAGACCUGAAAUGGGACCAUAAUGAUGUCACCUAUAGGGUCCUCAAUUACUCCCCUGACAUGGAGAGCUCUCUGAUCGAUGACGCCUUCGCCAGAGCCUUCAAGGUGUGGAGUGACGUUACCCCCCUGACCUUCACCCGCCUCUUUGACGGAACCGCUGACAUCAUGGUCUCAUUUGGAAAAGCCGACCAUGGAGACCCUUACCCCUUUGAUGGUAAGGAUGGACUUCUGGCUCAUGCAUAUCCCCCUGGUGAGGGCGUGCAGGGCGAUGCCCACUUUGAUGAUGAUGAGUACUGGACUUUGGGAACAGGACCAGCUGUGAAGACUCGAUAUGGCAAUGCAGAUGGGGCCAUGUGCCACUUCCCCUUUUUUUUUGAGGGCAAAUCUUACACCACCUGUACCACGGAGGGACGUUCUGACAACCUGCCAUGGUGCGCCACCACAGCUGACUAUGGCAGAGACAAGAAAUACGGCUUCUGCCCAAGUGAACUUCUGUACACAUUUGGAGGAAACGCAGAUGGAGCAGAGUGUGUACUUCCCUUCGUCUUCCAGGGGAAGGAAUAUGACAGCUGUACCACAGAGGGCCGCAGUGAUGGCUACCGCUGGUGUGCCACCACAGACAAUUUUGACAGGGACAUAAAAUAUGGAUUCUGUCCAAGUCGUGACACUGCUGUAAUCGGCGGUAACUCUGAAGGAGAGCCCUGCCACUUCCCCUUUACGUUCCUGGGUAAACAGUAUGACUCCUGCACAAGUGAGGGACGAGGAGAUGGCAAGUUGUGGUGCAGUACAACGGAUAGCUAUGACGACGACAAUAAAUGGGGCUUCUGUCCUGACCAGGGUUAUAGUCUGUUCUUGGUGGCUGCUCAUGAGUUUGGACAUGCCCUUGGCCUGGAUCACUCCAACAUAAGAGAGGCUCUUAUGUUCCCCUCAUACAGCUAUGCGAAAGACUUCACCCUGCAUGAGGACGACAUUGAAGGCAUUCAAUAUCUCUAUGGAAGCAAAACUGGCCCUGAUCCCACCCCACCUCAGCCUGACACCCCCACCACCACCCAAUACCCAGACCAUGAUAAGACUAAGCCCACUGAGGAACCUGAACCCACCACAACACCUGUGGAUCCAACCAAAGACGCCUGCAAGAUCACCAAAUUCGACACCAUCACUGUGAUUGCUGGAGAGUUACAUUUCUUCGAGAAUGGAAAUUACUGGAAGAUGCCCAGUGGAAGUGAAGGACUACCCAAGGGACCGUUUUCUAUUUCUCAGAAGUGGCCGGCUCUCCCAGCUGUUAUCGACUCUGCCUUUGAGGAUCUUGUGACCAGGAAAUUGUAUUUCUUCUCAGGAACCAGAUUCUGGGUGUAUACAGCAAAGAAUGUUCUGGGUCCUCGUAGCAUUGAGAAGCUCGGCCUCCCCAGCAGCAUUCAGAAGGUGGAGGGAGCUCUGCAGAGGGGCAAAGGCAAAGUGCUGAUCUUCAGUGGGGAGAACUUCUGGAGGUUUGAUGUGAAGGCCCAGAAAAUCGACAGAGGGUAUCCAAGAUACACAGAUGCUGUCUUUGGAGGUGUCCCAAAUGAUGCUCAUGAUGUAUUCAUGCACAAAGGUCACAUCUACUUCUGCCGAGAUCGCUUCUACUGGCGUAUGAACUCCCGCAGGCAAGUGGACCGUGUUGGCUACGUGAAAUAUGACCUCCUCAAGUGCUCUGAUCAUUCUCUGACUCAGUACUGAGUACAACACACAGGGAAGAAGUAGAAAUAAUGUGGGAGCACCUAUUUUCUCUUACGUGCAGGUGUCAAGGAGAAUGUAAUGCAGUAUUUGUUUAUAGCGACUGGUGUAUGAUGUGUGUGCUUUUUGGGAUGCAAAUAAUUGGCCUUCAGAGAUGUUGGCUAUAACUAAAGAAAAGGCCCAAAAGGAAGCGAAGCAAAUUAAGAUCUCUGGCCCUUUGACAAAAAAUCUGUGAACUAUAGUGGUCUAGAAUUCCACAUCCAUAUGAAAUAUUCUCAAAAGCUGUCUGGGUCAAUCUCCAGUGUUUCUUUUUUUAAAUAAGUCUGACCGGAUCAGACUAUCAACAGUAUUUGAUUUUUUAAAAGUAUUUAUAACAAUAUCUAACAUUAUUUUUUCAUGUGUCCUAAAGCUUGUUUGUUUUGUAUAGUUCAAUGUGUUUUUUCUCGAAUGGCUUCAGGGCCAAUUACUUGCACUGGAAGACAAUGCAUGUCUCCUUCACUGAAAUUAUUUAUUAGACUUAUAUUUUGUAUUAAAUCUUAAUUUUCAAUGCAAUAAACAUUCUGUGAGAACUA